AUGCCCGCUCCUGAGCCUUCGCCGACAAACAGAGAUCAAUCGCCGGUGGCGGAGCGCUCUGGAAGCUGCUGCGGUGGAUGCAGCCUUGCACUCGCCUCGACGACCAUGGUGCUGUUGAUCGCUGUCUUGGGGCCAUUUUUCCAGCCAUCUCCAUCGGAGGCUUCUGAGGGAUCCCUGAAAAUGUUCACCUUCAGCAUUCUCUUCAUCGCCUUCCUCUUCUACAGGACCUGCGCAAAGCGCCCCGGCAAAGAAGAGGAGGAGGAGGACGAGAAUUGGGAGGAGUGCUUCCAGGAGGCGCCCUACCUGGAGACUGCUCUCCGUAUGGGCCACUCGCGGCCGCGUUUGAUGCGGAGCGGCUCGGAAACCUGGCGACAGGAUCCCAGUCGUGAGCCUGUCCUGGUGCGUGGCGUUUCAGCUCACGAGCUGCUUCUCACCUGA